AUGGCUGCUAAACGAGCGCUGCGUUUUGCGCUAAAGACUUUUCUGCCUGGAAGUGCAGCACCAAAAGUUAUUGCUCCCAAAGGAGUUGUCCUCUUACGGCAGCCUGCUGUAGCUACUACAGUGCCGUCCAUUUCUCCAUUUCCACUGAAACUCGAGAGCUAUUUACGCUUGGCAAAGAUUCCGUACAAGAACUACUUUAGCUCAACUUCUUCAAGCAAAGGAAAAAUUCCUUGGAUUGAGUAUAAUGGUCAGUGUGUGGCAGACUCCAACUUUUGUGUUGAGUUCUUGAAUAAAGAGUUUGGCGUCGAUUUGGACGCAAAACUUAGUGCGAAGGACCGCGCAGUCGCAAGGACACUGGCCGUCAUGUUAGAUGAAAACACGUAUUGGACCAUGGUGUAUUUCCGUUGGAUAGAGAAAAACAAUGCAUCCAAGAGUGUUGACAUAAUGUUCCCGAAUGUGCCAGAAUGGGUGCGCACCAACAUAGCAAGAGUUGCUAAGUGGCGUGUCAACCAAUAUCUAGAUGGACAUGGUAUAGGCAGGCAUUCAAGGGAUGAGAUAUACUUCAUUGCAUUAAAGGACUUGAGUGCUGUCUCUGAGAUCUUGGGGGACAAAGCUUUCCUCAUGGGAAAUAAGCCUACAUUGGUUGAUACAGUGGCAUUUGGGUUACUAGCGGUGAUUCUGUGGCAUGAUGUCAAUUCACCGCAGAGCCAGUUGAUGAGAACUGAGCUGACAAAUAUAGUGGAGUACUGUGAACGCAUGAAGGCUUUAAUUUGGCCUGAUUGGGACGAGACUAUCGCUGAGCGCCAAGAACUCAUGAAACCAGCCAAGCCAUAAACAUACCUACAUUGUGCUGAACUGUAAAUAGUAAUUGGACUCUUGCUUUACUAGCAAGACUCUUUCCGUUUUGUUAUUUUUGCACCUAUUAGAUAGUUUGAUUAACAUAAUCUAUUUGUGUUACUGGAUACCUUGUUUCUUUAUGCUGGAGUUAGUUUCUUACCGCUUAUGCACGGAGAAUUUGAACGAAGUAUUAUUGAGUUUAAACGGAGAUUAUUACGAAUUUUAUCAAGUAUAUCAACAUUGUGAUUUCCCGGAGGAUUUUUUUAAGUUUAUAGAAGAACAUUGGAAGUAAGUUGUUGUCUUAUUUGAUUGUGAUUUUUUUUUUAAUAUUAUAAAGCUACCGUUGAUUUUGUAAUUAGAAGCUGAUCUAGUUAUUAUUGUAGAUUUUACCGUCUGUAUCGUGGCCAAUAAAUCAGUAAUUGUU